CUGCCACUGAAUUGCACUUUUUUAUGUAACAUUCUGCCAGAAAGCGGAAAGAUCCAACAAGCCAAAUCUCCCACCUGCAGCGUCAACCAAGAAGAUGCGGGUGCUGAAAGCUUUCAGACCCAAACCCACUGCUGAAUCCUCAACCCCUAUUCAAAGAAAUCAGAUCCCAUCUGGACUUGUGUCCUGAAUGUCGACGAACAACAACAACAACAACAACAAAGCGCUGUUAACUAUCACAGUUUCUAGUUCAAUUCCCACCCUUGCCUUUGGCCCAUUCUAGUCUGUCGUUGACCUCUUGUAUUUCUUGUCUGGCAUGUGCAACGGCUCAAAAAACAACCUGGUUUAUCGCUACCUCUACUUAUCGGAGUCUCGACCAGGCCCACCCACACAGUUGGAGAUCCCGCUAGGUCCUCACCUCCUCGAAUCUCCGCGUUCCUCGCUAGGUUGAACGCAUCGACCAACUCUUGUCCCUCCACCCCCCCAUAUUCAUAUUCAUAAAGUGGCUCGGUCCCUUUCCCUAUGAGGCGCACGUCGGUCUCCCUGCCGACCAAGCACGUAGCUCACGAUCCCCACGAGAAGCCCGACCGCUACCGCCGUGACCAGCACAAUCAGGAACCGGCAAGCGUCUUCAUCAGGAUGCAGAACGCUUGGAUGUCGCAGUCGCAAAAGGCGCGCUACCUAAAGACGGGCGCAAUCGUCUUUGCCGUUCUCUUCCUCUUCUACCUCUUUUCCCCAUCAGGCGUCGAGAUCUCUGGUGCUGAUGGAGGCCCUUCUCAAGGCAACCAGGGCCAAGUACCCUCCGACUCGUCCUAUGGCACCGACCGAUGCACAAGAUCCUUCUCCAAGGAGAAGCCCAUCGUGCAGUAUGUUUCCAUGAUCGACGCCGGCAGUACUGGUUCCCGUAUCCACGUCUACAAGUUCAACAACUGCGGCCCCGCCCCCGAGCUGGAGGGAGAGGUUCUAUUCAAGAUGACUGCCAAGAUCGAGGGCCAGAGCAGCGGACUGAGCGCGUAUAAGGACGAUCCUCUGGCCGCUGCUAAGAGUCUGGACCCCCUGAUGCAGGCUGCCCUCGAAGUCAUUCCCGAUAAGCUCAAGGCCUGCAGUCCCGUCGCCGUCAAGGCUACCGCCGGUUUGCGCCUGAUUGGUCCCGAGAAGAGCCAGAAGAUCCUGGAUGCAGUCCGCGAGCACCUUGAGAACGACUACCCCUUCCCCGUGGUCUCCAAGGAGGAGCAUGGCGUUGCCAUGAUGGACGGUGCCGACGAGGGUGUCUACGCUUGGAUCACGGUCAACUACCUCCUCGGCAAGAUUGGCGGUCCCGACCACAGCCCCACCGCAGCCGUCUUCGAUCUCGGCGGCGGUUCCACCCAGAUCGUGUUCGAGCCUACCUUUGAGGGCCUUGCCAGCGGCGGCAUGCCCCAGAAGCUGGCCGACGGCGACCACAAGUACGAGCUCAACUUUGGCGGCCGCAAGUUCGACCUGUACCAGCACUCGCAUCUGGGUUACGGUCUCAUGUCGGCCCGCGACGCCAUCUUCGCCACUCUCGUCAACGACCUCUUCGAGCUUAACAAGCAGGACAAGUCGUGGAUGCAGAAGCCCGUCAUCAACCCUUGCUUCUCGACCGGCAUGACCAAGACCGUCAAGGUGCCCCUCGGCGACAGCCACCCGCUCGGCCCCAAGGUUGAGCUCAACAUGACGGGCCCCUCGACCCCGGCCCCCGCCCUGUGCCGCAGCUUGGCCGAGCGCAUCCUUAAGAAGGAUGCCGAGUGCAAGCUUGCCCCGUGCUCCUUCAACGGCGUCCACCAGCCGCAGAUCGCCAAGACGUUCGCCCGCGAGGACAUUUUCUUGCUGUCCUAUUUCACUGACCGGACCCAGCCGCUCGGCAUGCCCGAGUCGUUCACCCUCCGCGAGAUGCACGACCUGGCCGCCCAGGUGUGCGGCGGCGAGCAGAGCUGGGAUGUAUUCACCAGCGUGCCUGGUGCGCUGGAGGAGCUCAGCGAUAGGCCCGAGCACUGCAUGGAUCUCAACUUUAUGCUUGCGCUUACGCACACGGGUUACGAGAUGCCGAUUGAUCGCGAGGUCAGGAUUGCGAAGAAGAUUAAGGAUAACGAGCUUGGCUGGUGCCUUGGUGCUAGUUUGCCAUUGCUUUCUCAGUCUUCCGGCUGGAAGUGCAAGAUCAAGGAGAUCCACUAAAUUGCCUCAGAUUAGCUGGAAGCUUCUGACUGACCUGACGAUGAACAUGUAUUCUCUUCUAUAACUUCAAGAGACGUCACCAAAGUGUUGGUGGACGCUCUCCAUCACCAUGCUGCUCCAUCGACUGGGCAGAUGAUAAUACGUGCUUCAUCACUUCAAUACAAACAUGGGGAGAGGGGUAAUCGACGAACGAUCAAUCAUGGCUUUAUACAACGCAGAGAUCGGAUGACAGAAAAUGGGAAACGCCAACGCUAACUGAUGAAAGAAAAAUACCAACUAAACCAGCAUAAUGCGAGUUGGGACGGGAUGACACUUGGGAUAAAAAUCAUAGAUAUAAGGGCUAUCGGCCACCUCAUGGGAUGAUGGGUGAACAAGCGAGGUAGCUUGUAGCUUUGUCCUAAUUAAGAUGUAAUUUUUUGUCUGCACCGCCUAUUGCUCCCACGCAUUCAAGAUCUGUUCUGUUUUGGCCCCUUGUCCCAAUGCCCCCUUCCAGUACGAUUCAACAUUCACCCCUCCCGCCUCUUCCUUCUCAUAACCCACCUCCAUCAUUCACCCCCUCGCCCACCACCACCACCAGAUCCUCCCUACUGGGGAACAGCAACCAUGCCCAGUACAUCCUCAAUCACCUCCUCCGGUCCGACCCCUUCUAACAUGGCCUCAACAGCCACCGGCUCGCUGCCCCAUUGCAUGCUCCUCUCCCGCUCGGGGGAUGCCACUAUCUCGAUGCGGUGCAGGUAGACCUUCUUAGCCGCCAACCCAACCAGCGCCGGCGUGACGAAAUCCAACCCGUGCAGCGGCGCCAAGCUCCUCAUAAGCUGUUCAAAAUGCUUGGUCGCCUGAGGCGUGAUGCCACCGCUAACAGCCCGGUGCAUGCGCAAAAAGGCGACAAUGUUCAUUUGGUAGCGGCGGACGUCGAUAUCCACGCAUACAUUGAGCGAGAGUUGGGCGAGGUGGGCGAUUUCGGAAUCGGAGAGAAGUGGCGGUUCGAGACCUUCGGUUGGACCGACGGCUGUGGGAUCGUUGCUGUGGAAGGUGAGUUGGGGGGAGAGGGAUACUCCAGCUCCUCCCAAGCGACCUGGACCGAGACCAGGUCCGCUAAGGGCAGAGUGAUAGGAUUCGUUGAUUAAACCACUGUUUGCCAUGCUUCCCACGCCCCUCUUGACAACGCUGCUUCCCGAGUCGGUCGAAACUUGGUCAUCAUCGGUCUUGGCGUAAGGGCUGUCGUCACCAGCUUCGUCGUCGUUGUCAUUGUUGUUGUUCGCAACACCCAACUUUCCCAGAUGCCCGCCGAAGCCACCUGCACCGGCCCAUCCUUCUUCCGCUUGUUCCUCGAGGUAGGCGAAACCAUCUUCCGGGUCGUGCCAGUGCGCAAGGUAGAGGAAGUCGUUCAGGUGGUGAGUGACUCGCGCCUGUCCGCCGCUUUCUGCGCCGACUACGGCCACGAAGAGGAACUGCUUCGGAGCAGUCUGGACGCUCGUUCGAGUGAAGAGGCGGCGCGCGCGCAGGAGUUCGAGGGCUUGGAUUUGCACGGCGCGCGGGGCAUGGUCGAGGUUUUGGGCGAGGACGACGUUGGCUAUUUGCGUUGCCGGUGGUUGUUGUUGUUGUUGCUGCUGUGAUGGUGGUGGCGGGUGGGCGGAAGAAGAUGAGCCGGGAACAUUUUGUUUCGAGGAAAAGUAUGAACCCGAGCCGGAAGGUACAGAGCGGUGGGAGUGGUGGUGUUGGGGGUUGUUGCUGUUGUUGGGCAGUGGUGAGCUUGGUGGAGUGACGGGGACUAAGAGUGCUGCUGCGAAAUCAUCGAGUGUCAUCUGCGAGUGACAUGGGACGAUGACGGGCGUGAGGCCAAAGGUUUUGACGGCGGUCAGACAUAGCUCUUUCGAUAGGUCCUCGACAAAGUCGGGUUCGGUGCUGAUCAGGCAGUGUUCCCGUGCGAUGAGGGAGAGAAGGACGGCGAGCUCGAGAUCGCUCAGGCUGUGUAUUUUGUCCUGGAGUUCGGCUUGUUGUCGUUCCUUGAUAUCAUCCUCCAUUUCCAGUGCCGUUAUUAUGCCGAAGCAUGAGGAUCAUAUCCAUGGACAGGAGUAGACGAGUCUCUUAGGUAGUGUAAGAGCAAGAAGAACUGGAUGCCGAUAUUGCGGUCCUUCACGCCGGCGCUUUUUUCUUGUCACCGGGAUUGGGCCAUGCUUGGUGGAUGGAAAUCUCGAGAUGGUCCGUCACUUUCCACAGUCGCCCGAUCGGCAGGAUGUUGUUAGGUUUUUAUGUCUGUAAAUUGUAGAGAUAGUUAUUCCUGUGAAGCGUACGAGUACAUCAAGGGUGUGACAAAACUGAAUUGAAUGGAAGAAAUGUGAGUCGGUCGCAAUCUGUCGAUCCUUUCU